AUGGUAUCGCUAAAAGAUGUCCAGGGCAAGGUUUACAACUUCAGGAACAAGUCAGAAUGCGUCGGUUUGGGCAUGCCUACUCUCGAUGUCACAAACGUCGUACGUAACUACAUGGUCCUCGUCCGAGAUAUUGUGCUAGGAAAGUUGGAGUAUAUAAAAGUUAUGACAAUCACCUUGAUAUUAAAGGAUAAUAGCGACUACGUCCCUAUUUCGCUAAUACUAAAGAAAGGCUAUCGCUCAGUACAGAGUAGCGUAUUCUCCUUCGAGGAUUCGGGACACGCUGCAGUGUUUUUCGCUAGACGCUAG